UAUUUUUAAUCUGUGCUGUUUCAUUUAUGAAAUUUGAAGAUAUGAAAUGGCAUUUUAAGGUUAUUUGAUUUUAAUGUGUGAGCAGGAAAGAAGGCUCUGUGGAAGCAUAAUGUCUAUGGAUUGGCGCCAAGUGUUGCAUCGGCACACCAUAUAUUGACGUAUGCUAAGAAUCACAAUGAUACUAAUCUAUUGGUGGAAGUAAUGAAACUUUUGAAGAGGAAUGAUUUACCAUUGCAACCGGGCACGGCAGAUAUAGUUUUUAGCAUUUGUUACAAUACAGAUGAAUGGGAGUUGAUUAAUAAGUACGCGAAAAGGUUUGUUAAGGCUGGUGUAAAACUACGACAAACCUCAUUUGAAACAUGGAUGGGAUUUGCUGCCAAAACAGUGGAGCUUGCUGAAAUGCUGUCCACAGACAUGCAGAAAGAGGGCCUUCAUGGGCGAACGUUGACUCUUAAACUGAAAACUACUUCUUUUGAGGUUCGGAAUAGAGCUGUGACUUUACAAAACUACAUCAACUCAAGUGAGGAUAUUCUGAAGCAUGCAUCAAAAUUGCUGAAAGCUGAGCUUCCCGUUUCAGUAAGAUUAAUAGGUCUUAGAGUAUCACAGUUUAACGGAGAUAAAAGUGGUAGUGGUGCUACCCCUGAUCGUACACAGAAGACUAUUACCAAUUUCAUUACUUCAGGAGAAGCCAAUAGGAAAAAUGACCCUUUUUCAGAUGUUACAGAUCAUGACUUUAUCAGUGAUAUAGAAACUGAUCCUUCGAUUGAUGUUGGGCACACAAGCCAGCUUGAUAGCAGAGAUCCUUUUGAUGGUAAUCAUUCAUUAGAUGUAAAUCACCAAAGCUGCACUCUCUGGAAAAAUGAUGGUGCAGAGAAGGUACAAACUUCUGGUAAUGAUGCUGCAAGUUCUCACCACAGUGCAUGUACAGAGAUGCUUGGAUCAACUUCAUUCCAGGGGAAGUUUGAGGGGAAAAUGUGAUAGGUCUAUGUUUUUUCAGUCAGGAUCAAAAGCACCGAAUCAAUAGACAAAGCAAAUCCAAGAAGCAAAAGUUGUCGCAGAGAGAGGGCCGAUAUACGCCCAUUGAUUAUUUUUUUGUUAAGGAGUAAUCAAAGCUUUAAGUUAUUAUUGUAUAAUUUGUAUCUUAUUUUGCCUCACAUCAAUAAUUUCUAAGUCUCUAGGAAUGUCUUUUCUCCACAUAAGAUAAAAUAUGUAUAGUUGUAUUAUGAAUCUUGAUAUGAUUAAUAAAAUAGUCUCAUUCAUUCA